GAUAUUUUCAAAAGUAAUAAAACGCGCUCGAUAUCCCUGUUUAUUUUAUUGACCACUCGCCAGAUGUUUGCGCAUUGUUUUCCAGUGCGCAGUAGUUUCUCUGUCGUGAAAACGGGAUUCUGUUUUAGUAUUAUAUCUAUUCUGCCAUUUUGAAAAUAGUGGCGUGUAUGGAUUAGACCUAGUGUUUUUUAUGUGACAAAUAUGUCCGGGAGCAAUGAUAAAGUGUCGACUACGCAGCGUAUGAUCCAAAGUGUCGCUUUCCCUCCCAGCCACAAGCUCACUGUGUCUGAAGUAUUCGAUGAAAAAACUGGAAAGCCUAUUCCAGAUGUACUGAAGCAACAUUUUAUCUUAGAAGGUCGAAUCGAAGAAAACGCGGCUUUACGAAUCAUCCAAGAUGGUGCCACCUUAUUACGGUCAGAAAAAACUAUGAUCGAGAUUGAUUCACCGGUGACUGUGUGCGGAGACGUCCAUGGCCAGUUUUACGAUUUGAUGAAAUUGUUCGAGGUGGGAGGAUCUCCCUCUUGUACCAAGUAUUUAUUCUUAGGUGAUUAUGUUGAUCGAGGUUAUUUCAGUAUAGAAUGUGUUCUUUACCUUUGGGCUUUGAAGUUGUGUUAUCCGAAGACGUUAUUCUUAUUACGCGGCAACCAUGAAUGCCGACAUUUGACGGAGUAUUUCACCUUCAAACAAGAAUGCAAAAUCAAAUAUUCUGAGAAAGUGUAUGAUGCAUGUAUGGAUGCAUUUGACUGCUUACCUCUUGCUGCUCUUAUGAACCAGCAAUUCCUAUGUGUGCAUGGAGGUCUGUCCCCUGAAAUCAGCAGCUUAGAUGAUAUUCGUAAACUAGAUAGAUUCAAAGAACCACCUGCAUUUGGAGCCAUGUGUGAUCUACUUUGGUCUGAUCCUCUUGAAGACUUUGGUAAUGAAAAAAAUGCAGAACAUUUCUCGCACAAUUCGGUCAGAGGUUGUUCAUAUUUCUAUAGCUAUGCAGCAUGUUGUGAUUUUCUACAAAGAAAUAAUUUACUAUCAAUCAUACGUGCACAUGAAGCUCAAGAUGCUGGUUAUCGGAUGUACCGUAAAAGCCAAACUACAGGUUUUCCGAGCCUUAUUACCAUUUUUUCCGCUCCUAAUUACUUGGAUGUUUAUAAUAACAAAGCUGCUGUCUUAAAGUAUGAGAAUAAUGUUAUGAACAUAAGACAAUUCAACUGUUCUCCUCAUCCUUAUUGGCUACCUAACUUCAUGGAUGUCUUCACUUGGUCUCUUCCAUUUGUUGGUGAGAAAGUAACAGAAAUGUUAGUCAAUGUGUUGAACAUAUGUUCUGAUGAUGAGUUGGAGAAUGACGGAGAUGAUGCACUGGAGGAAGCUAAUCUCAGAAAAGAAGUCAUUCGUAACAAAAUCCGUGCAAUUGGCAAGAUGGCUCAUGUGUUUUCUGUUCUUCGUGAGGAAAGUGAAUCUGUUUUGCAACUUAAGGGUUUGACACCUACAGGUGCUUUACCCCUGGGUGCCCUUUCUGGUGGCAAGACAUCAUUAAAGAAUGCCUUGCAAGGGUUUUCACCAAAUCACAAGAUCACAUCAUUUGCUGAGGCUAAAGGUUUGGAUGCUAUUAAUGAGCGUAUGCCUCCUAGGCGUGAUGGCCAGCGUACUCCAGACACACAAGAAAAGAAGCCACAUGUAAACAGCAAUGCACAUUCGUGAAGUGCUAGCUAUUAUUUCUCUUCGAUCCUUACUUUUUGGUCCACAAUAACAGUGGUAGUGAAAUAUUUGUGAAGGAGACUCAGCUUUUGGAAUGAUAUUUCACAUUCAUAAUAACUAGGUGGAUUUGAAGGGAAUUGUCAUAAUAGAUACAAAAUAUUUUUAAAUUUGGAUUUAACUUUUUUUCAAUAGUUAAAGUUAAUAUUUCUCUUAAGAUAUUACCUCUCGAUAUUUAAAAUAUGUCAGAUCUGCAGGCAACAAAUUUAUUU